UGUUUAUUGGGAAGGAGCCGGUGGCACAGGGCUGCAGAGAGCAGGGCGGCAGGGAACUCCCCAAAGAGGCUGUGAGGCCACGCUGGGUGUUGCCCUGUGAGCUGUUAGCAGGCAGAGCUGGGAGCCAGGCGCUGCUGCCUGCCACGGGGCCUGCCCACCCUGAUCGUGCAAGCAGGGCAUUGCGUGGGGCUCUGUCAGGGGUGUGCGAUCCCAGCUUCCGCCUCCAGUCCUGCUUGGAACCCCUCCUGUUGCCACCCAUCCCUCCCCCACCGCCACCACGCCCAGCACCUGGAACCAGGCACUCUGUGACAUCAGCCCCGUGUCCAAGAGAACCCCAGGCAACAGGAAUAUUGCGGGCAGUACAUCGUCGGCCGUACUGGUGGUGAUAAGCCCUUGUUCUUUCAGCUGCCACAUGUUGCUGGUAGUGAUGGAUGUUCUCCUCCUCCUCGUUGUCCUGCUGGCCAUGUGCUGUCCUGUGCAUGGCACAUGGGAUAGCUGUGGAGGCACCUGCGGCCUUCGGCCUGCGGCUUUGAACUACAGUAUGUCACACGUCGUGGGUGUCAGAAAUGCCCAGCCAGGGGCCUGGCCCUGGAUCGUCAGUAUCCAGGCUCCCUUGGAAGGAGGCACGGCGCACAUCUGCGGAGGUUCCCUCAUCAGCCCACAGUGGGUCCUCACGUCAGCCCACUGCUUCAUCGAGGCUAGGAACAUCACCAUGUGGCAGGUGGUGGUAGGUGCCACCCGGCUGACCCAGCUGGGACCUGAGGCCCAGGUGCGCAACAUCAAGCAGCUGCUGGUUCACCAGCACUUCAAUAAUAUCACACAGAGGAACGACAUUGCCUUGCUGGAACUGGAGCAGCCUGUCCAGUGCAACAGCUACGUACAGCUUGCCUGCGUGCCGGAUGCCUCGCUGAGAGUCUCGGAGCUGACAGAGUGCUACGUCAGUGGCUGGGGUGCCAGGACUGCAAGAGGUGAGCUCCCAAAAUGUAGAUCGGCGUAUGUGCUGCAGGAGGCCCAGGUGCACCUCAUUGAUGCCGGGGUCUGUAACAGCAGCGGCUGGUACAGAGGGGCCAUCCACACCCACAACAUCUGUGCUGGCUAUCCGCAGGGUGGCAUCGACACCUGCCAGGGGGACAGCGGUGGGCCUCUUGUGUGCCAAGAGAAGAGCGCGGACUAUGUCUGGCUUGUUGGUGUGACCAGCUGGGGGAUGGGCUGUGCGAGAGCAAAGAAGUCUGGAGUCUACACCUCCACCCAGCACUUCUACAACUGGAUCCUGGAACAGAUGGGCCUGCACACAGCAGUAGCAACUACUGCAAGGCCGCAGCCAGCCUUCACCUCCACCCCCGUUCACAGGCCAACACCAACAGAAGCAGGAAGGUUUACACCCUGCCCACUUCCAGUGCAGAAGCUGUGGGAUUUCCUUACUUGGCUGCAUGAACUCCUGCAGUACCUAAGCAGGAAAUAGGUUUGAUCAGCAGGACGGAGAGGAUCCAGGGCUGGCUGCAGCGCACCA